UAUAAUGUUUAUAUGGACCUCAAAUUUGGUGAAUUUUUUUUUUUCUUUUCGGUAUUGAGCUUAUGUAACGCUUGAUUUUAAUAUUGAAAAUCCUAUUGAUAUUCACUGUGAAGUAUCUAACGUUACUCCCAUUUUUACUAAAAUCCGAUAUGUUGCCACGCAUCACCACCAGUCACUCGAAUCUCAUAAAAGACCUUCACAUCUGGAGAACCAAUAGAAUUGUUAAACUUUUUAACAUAUAAAACUUGUGUUUCAUACAGUCUACCUAAUUAUAUAGUUGCUUGAUGGCUCUGAUCCGCCAAAAAAAAUGAUGUCCAUUUUCUUGGGUCAUUUGCUCUAUAUAUCACUAUCUCCCAACAUACAACCACCAAAGUUUUAAAACGUGUAUUUUUGAUGAGUGGAGUAUUUUGAAAAUAGUAAUUUUCGUGAAAGCACAUAAAAGUAUGAAUAUGAGAGAAAAUGCUAAUAUUUUAUUGUGUUUUUACGGUAACAUUUUUAAGUAUAUACCACGACCCUUUCUAUAUGGUUGAUGAGGACUCUGGUAUAUAACUGUAGCCUCUGCAUUGCCAGCAUAAUAAAUACUACUGGUUAGAUCUCAUAUCUAAUUACUAAUGUUCUUUAUAGAUUUUUCUGACAUUAAAUCUGAUAUCAAAUCAUCAAUGAUACAUUCCAAAUUAUUUUGUUUCUGGAUGGUUGCGUCUAAUUUUGUUUUAUACAGAGAUCACAAGUAGAUCCAGUUGACCUAAAUAAGAUUAUUAGUCUCUCUCAAGUCUUAAUCAAUUUAGUUUCUAUAAUUUAGAAACAUUCAUCCAAUAGAUAAAUAUAAUUUGUUUGUCUUUCCUAUCUGUUAGCUUUUGUGUAUACUAAAUUAUUAUUUAGAAUGAUUCCAAAACUUGAGCAUGAUUGGUUGUUUCGCACUGGUUCGGAACUUAUAUUUCGUACACAUACACACUUGUAUAAAUAGGUGUAGAUGUAUGCAUCUACUACUAUUCAUUUCAACGCUAAGCUACAGAUUCUCCCUCUAUCUCUAACUCUCUCACUAAAAAUCCGCCAUGCCGGCUCAAGUGAUCACUGAGCAGACCUUUCAAUCCCUCCACGACACCAUCAUGGAGGAUACAAAUUCAACUUUAUUUCAUAAGAGGUUGGAAGGAAAAGUAGCCAUCAUAACCGGAGGAGCACAUGGGAUCGGCAAAGCUACCGUCAAGAUAUUCGCGAGACACGGUGCCACGGUGGUGAUCGCUGACGUGGACGCCACAGCCGGAUCUUCCCUGGCUAAAUCGAUCUCAUCAUCCCAAGUCGCCUUCAUAAGCUGCGAUGUCUCGGUCGAAGCUGACGUGGAAAACCUAGUGAACGUGACCAUCGCACGUUACGGUCGGCUUGACGUGCUAUUCAACAACGCAGGAGUUCUCGGAGACCAGAAGAAACACAAAAGCAUAUUAGACUUCAACGCUGAAGAGUUCGACCAAGUGAUGCGUGUGAACGUGCGAGGCGCAGGGCUCGGCAUGAAACACGCGGCACGUGCCAUGAUUAAAAGAGGCUUUAAAGGUUGCAUAAUCUCGACGGCGAGUGUGGCGGGCGUUAUGGGUGGUAUGGGCCCACAUGCUUACACGGCGUCGAAGCAUGCGAUCGUUGGACUGACCAAGAACGCAGCUUGUGAGCUCGGGAGGUAUGGGAUUAGGGUUAACUGCAUAUCACCGUUUGGAGUUGCUACGUCGAUGCUGGUGAACGCGUGGAGGAAGACGAGUGGAUGUGGUGACAUGGAAGAUGGUGAUGAUGUAGAGGAGAUGGAGGAGUUCGUGAGGAGUUUGGCUAAUUUGAAAGGAGAGACAUUGAGAGCGACGGAUAUAGCUGAAGCGGCGUUGUAUUUGGCGAGUGAUGAGUCAAAGUAUGUUAAUGGACAUAACCUUGUUGUUGACGGGGGUGUUACGACUGCGAGGAACUGUGUUGGUUUGUGAUGAUAUGCCUCUUCUCUAAUUAAUUGGAUUUGGUAAAUCUUUUUGUUCGUUUUUGUUUGUGCCUUUGCGUUGUUGGAAAUUGCGGUGAAUCAAUAAAACAGUGAUUUUAAUCAUUUGUUUAUGUCAA